GUUUUUCUCAGCUUUUUUCGGCUUUCCCCCCAAAAAUGUCUGCCGUUAAGCAGCUCAAUGACGGCCCGAGCAGCAAUCGCUACCGGUUUCAAUCAUUCAAUGAGCGCAUUAAAAAAGUCAGCAUCAAUGUCGCACAUCGUGUUGGAGCCGUCGCAGUGGAACCUGAGGCGGGAGGCUCAUUCUUUAACGAAGCGCUGAUGAAGUGGCGCGAAUUGGACUGCACACGAGAGUUUGUCACUUUCACAAACAAGGUCUACCCAUUGGUGCAAACGUUGCACCAGCUACUGUUCCACAAGGACGCUGUGAUUGAUGCCCUGCUUGUGCAUCUCGCAGAGCCCAACUGUGCUGCGCUUCCCGCACUUCUUGAUCUUCUCGCACAGCUCGCACGAGACUUGCGAGAGGAAUUCUACCCCGACUUUCCACGGUCGUUUGUGAUUGUUGCGCGCGUGCUGGAGGAGGCCAACGAUCCCCCGGUGAUUGAGGCUGCAUUCACGGCUCUGUCCUACUUGUUCAAGUUUUUGCUGCGCUAUCUUAUUCGCGAUAUGCGGGACGUCUUCCGGUUGUACCGGCACUUGCUCGCCUCGGACGUUCGGCCAUACAUUCGCGCUUUUGCCGCAGAGAGCUUUGCGCUGCUGCUUCGCAAGGUGCCUGCCAAUGCCUUCCACAACUCUGUUGGCUUGCUGCUCAACCUCGCCUUGUGUCAAGACGACGAAAUCACCGCCGACACCACCACCGCAAGCCAACAACCGGCAGCAUCGAGCGACAUUUCCGGCACAACCCAGUCAACGCUGGCAGCCGACUAUGCGCCUUGGGUUUCAGAGUACUCUCGGACAGUCAAACCCGAAGGGAUGGUUGAAGGCAUGUCACUUCUCAUCUUUGAGACGGUCCGGGGCGUGCAGCACCAAUUUCACUCGCGCGCUCGCGAAAUCUUGUCGACAAUCUUGGACAUUCUCCUCGAGUUUAUCACACAUUACGGUGACAGUCAUCCAAUCUCCGAGCAUGUUGGAGAAAUUGUGCAAGCAGCUUCCAAACACAUGGCCAACUUCACCACUCCCGAGUACGCCGGCACCAUUAUCGACUGCGUGGUCGCCCGCCUUGAGCGGACCCGGCUUGCUUCGCGCCCGAGCGGCGACGACGCCAUGCAAAUGGAGGACGGUGGUAGUAGCGACGGCGCCCAGGAUGACGCACACUGCUUUGCCCUGCUCCGUGUGCUUUCCGAGUGGAUUGAGUAUCGUGGUGCCGAUCGCAUCCAGGAACCGCUCGUCGUGCUCUCUGCGCUGUCCGCGUUGCUGCAGCACUCGUCCAGCUUGCACAUGCGCGAUGAGAUGCUUGAGCUGUUGGUCGAGUCCAUCCGCCACAUUCUGCUCGCGCGCAUCAGCGCGACUUCCGGCCGGACCCAAACCAAAAAGACGGCAAGUCUGAACGCUCAACUGAGCGCCCGCUUUGGCAAAGACCGCGUCAGCUCCAUGGACAGCAUGAGCUCAAGUGGCAGCAGCAGCAGCAGUGCAGCAGCUUCCCGUGCCCAGCUCGUUGCCCUUCUUGGAGAGGUGACCGUCCUGCUCCCUGCGCUGGCCGACAGCAUGCUCAACUGCCUCCCCUUCCACCUGGCGACCGCCUUGCUACCGCCCUUCCUUGACGUCCCUAACUGUGCUCGUAUCUUUUUGCCGCGAGCGCUGACUUUUGCCUCGCGUCACUACACGCUGCACACUCUUCCCAGCAUGCUCUUCGCCCGCGACAUUAUCGCUCGGCUGGACGGCAUCUCUGACUCGCAGCUUGCCUCCUCCGGGGUUGUGGCGUCGAUUCACCGAACUCUCAAGUUUCCCGAAAUCUCCGCAGAGACACCCUUUGCCGCUGCGCUGAUGGCGCUCAUCGAGACCUCGAGCAAGAAGCUCAAGGCUGGUUUGACCAAGGGCAAGACCACCACCAGCACUUUUGUGGGCCACACGGAGUUGGCGACAGCGAUUGCGAGCGUGCAUCUUGGCUUUGCCUUGUUGGUGCGAAUUGAUGGCGCGGCGUUGCUUUUGCCUCGUAUGCUGCCGGUUCUUGCCGUGCUGGAUGAGCUGGCUCGCACGGUUCUCGUGCCGCAAUCCACCGCGCAGAGCCAGGUCUUGAGCGCUCUCGCUGCUGGGUGGACGCUUGCACUUCCGUUUUUGGCGGCGCAGACCCAACGGCUGCAGCAACAUGGCCGUACGCCAUUCACCUUGCUCGAAAACUUUGCUCACCACCUCGACAUUCUCGAGUGUGUCGACAAGUGGUUUGGAGCAUUGAGCGAGGCUGCGUCGUCGCCCUCUGCCGUGUCUGUGCCUGCCACUCACGCCUCCAAGUCCAAGCCAUCCCAGCAACCGCUGCAGGUCGACUUUAUCAAUGCGACCACCGGUUUGCUCACCCUCAGCACCCUCAACGAGCUGCUGACGUUGCUCGUGCCCAAUCUGAGCUCCCCGUACUCUUGCAUUCGCGCUGCGACGCUUGUUCUGCUCACUCGGUGCGAGCAGCUUCCGCUGCUGGCCAUCGACAGCGACACGGCCGAUGAGCGUGCCAACCCGCGCUCAUGCCUCGUGUUUUCCCACCUGCUUCAAGCCGAGCAGACCCCGGCCGAUCUCGAAAAUUUCCGAACUCGCCUCAUGCACGUGCGGCAAGUCGACACGGUCGUUGUGGCUGGCCGUCUCCCCACAGUGUACAUUGAGCCGGUUCUCCGCUGUCAUUUGGCCACCCUUUAUCUCAACUUUAAGCCGCUCUGGGCUCCCGCCAUGGAAAUGAUUGGCAACAUGGCGUCGCGCAUUCCGGAAGCGCAGUUUUGGCAGCAAUUCUUUUCGACGUUUGAGGCGUCCCAUAGCCGCGUUCGCGCCUCUACCUACUUGACACUGCUGCAAGGAGAUGAUUUGAACGCUGAAGAAGCAGAAGACGACGACGAAAUGGACGAAUCCGACGAAAAACAAGCCGCUGAUGAUGCUGUCGCGCGCUCGGCAUUCAUUGAGGCUGUUGAAACAGCACGUGCCUCCGAACGACCAGAUCAUGUCAACUUUCACGUCUUGCUGUUGCAACUUGCUGCGACAGACGCUGUCAUGCCGUUCAUUGAACGUCACGGCCGCGAAUUGCUGCCCCUCUUUUUCGACUUUAUCGAUACCGAGUACAACAAAAUGUACGAAGGCAAGGGAGCCCACCAAGACCUUCGUUCGCUGUCUGACGACGCCGAUGCGGCAGAUGACGACCAGGAAGAGGAUGCGGAAGAUGCAUCGAAUGCUGCCGUAGCGGAAGCCGAGCCUGCAGCUGAUGAUGCUGAAAGUGCUGCUGCCACCGCCGCUGCUGGUGCUGCUGCUGCUGCUGGCACUACGGACAUCUCGGCAAACAACAAACCGCUCCGAGCACUCGUCGGCAAAAAGCUUGGUGGGUUUUUGGGCAUUCUUGCCAAGCUGCGCAAUCCCAAGGCCGCCUACCAGUCUGAUCGCUUGCUUGCACUGCUUCUUGAGUUGCUGGCCAAACCCGAGGCUGCGCUGCAAGCAAAGGCGCUGCAAUGCAUUUUGGCAUUCAAGUUCCCUUAUUUGACCCCCUACCGCGAGCCGUUGGAGCAACUUUGUGGCGAGCAAUCCUUCCGCAGCGCAUUGCUGGCUCUCGACAUGGAUGCGGAUGCCGGUUUGGUCAAAAAGGAGCACCGCCAAGGUCUCUUGUCUGUCAUGUCGCGCCUCUUGUAUGCCAAGAUGAUUAGCCGAGCUGGCGGUCGAAAGCAGACGCUGUCGUCAAAGCGCUCUGCCGUCCUCGGCUACCUCAUGUCGCUGUCCGAAGAGGAGAUUGCGCCGUUUAUCGACUUGGUCCUUGAGCCUUUCCUGGCGUCGACCCUCGCCAACAUGGCUUCGUUGGCCUCGUCCGCUGCUGCACACAAGCAAGCUCACUUGCCGCCGACCGCCUCGGUGACGGUGCUGGAACUGCUCGACGUGUCUCGCCGGUCGCAACUGGCCGAGUCCUUGGUGCGCGGCUUCUCGUCAACAACUGGCGACGACGACGACGGCGGCGGCUCGCUUGACCCUGCGCGGGUGGUGCCACUGCGCAAGCAGCUUGGUUUCCUGACGGUCGUGUUUGAAAUCAUCCAAAAGCUGGGCGUCUUGGCGUUGCCGUACGUCGAUGUCUGCUUUGCCGUAGUGCUGAACCUGACAGCCAACGCGUCGACGCUCCUCCAGUCACACGCCGUCACUUCCAUCAGCCCAGCUUUCUUGACACCACUCAAGUCUAUCCGCCUGAUGGGUUUGCGUCGCCUCUCUGAGCUUUUCCGGGCCUUCGCUGACCACAAUUUCAACUUUGGACUGCCCAUGCUGUUCUCCGCCGUGGUCAAUCCCCGUUUGCCACGCUUCCAGCAGGAAACCGCUCAGAGCUCGUCCGGUUUGCUCGAUUUGUUUGUUGUCUGGAGUCAGCACCCAGAGCUCGCCCUGUACCUUGCACGGAAUGUGCAGUACGGCUCAAACCUUCGGGCUGUCCAAUCCUCGGAAGCGACCUCUGCCAUGGACACGACGACGGCAGCUACAGACUCGACCGAAGCGCUGCCCAUCUUGAUUGCCGUGUUCAACUGUCUGUCCAACCCUUCCAUCACCCACCAGGUUGCCGGCAGCGUGCUCGACCUUGCUGGAAACGUGGUGGCGCUCCUGGAGACGCAUCCGGCGAUUGCCAACGAGGUGCUUCUGCCGCAUGUCGGAUGCCUGUUGCAGAAUCUGCAAGUCAUGAUGUUUGGCUGGCUUGGUGACAAGGGCUACCUGCCAGUGUUUGGAAAAGAAUUUGCAGAGUCGGAUCGCCGCUUUGCCGCCUCGCGUCUCGCCAGCACCCAGCUUGCCACCUCUGUGCAGCGGAAACACACUGGUCAGACGCUCUCACAGCAGCUGGUGCGUCGCAACCUGCAACUUCUGGCCAAGCUUAGCCACUUGACGACCGAUCCUGAGCAGUGCCGCGUUCUCGUGUGCCUGCUGCUCCCCUUCCUGAAGAAGAGAUCGGUGGGCAGCGUCGCCACGCAAUCUGCCCGUGUGAGCAUUCUCGGUAUUGUCGAACAGUCCAUUCCUCUGCUGCCGAUGACGUCCGCCUUCUACGCAUACCUGAGCCAGCUCUUUGCGACGCUCGAAGGCCGUGAACCUCGCACGCUGCUUUGCCGUGUCUUUGCCGCCAUUGCUGCUCAUCACGAUCCCAGCGUCCAACUGACUGCCGACCUGCUGGCGCGCCUGAACGCCUACCUGCCCGACGCGCUCGACGAGAUGGAUUACGACACCCGCCUUGUUGCGUUCGCCGAACUGAACGACUCUGUGGCUGGCAACUUAACGUGCCACCAGCUGCUUCCGUUGGCGCACUGCUAUGUGCACUUUUUGCAUGCGGACGAUUUUGGUAUUCGUGACAACGCAUCGUAUGGUCUGCUGCAACUCAUCCGCCGAGUCCAUCUUGCCAAUGCAAAGCACGCUGCUGGCGUUGCAUCGAAAAGCAGCAGCAAAGGCGGCAAGAAGGCCACGAAACAGCAGCAGCAGCAGCAGUCCACCGAGAGCGCUUCCACGUCGAGCACGCUGAGCAUUGACUUUGCUGUUUGGACACCUCAUGAAGUUCAGCUCAUCUUUGACGAGAUUAUCUUGCAAAUCAUCGUGCCCGCCAUCAAGAUUGGCGUGCGUGUGGCGCAAGAUGCUGUUCGCAACGAAGUGGUCGGGCUGCUUCGGGCGCUUGUCGAAAAGUUCCCCACGCAUCCACAGUUUGCCGACAUGACGUGCUUGCUCAACACGCAAGACCCCGGCGCGCCCGAAGGCGCCGAUCUUCCCGCAGCCGAUGCGGACGAGUCGGAAACGAUGCAACCUGAAGCCACCGCGGCUGCUGCAUCCACCUCUGAUGCCCCUCUUGAGAUGGCAUUUGCGCUGGCCAACACGCAGGCGAUCGCUGCCCAUGAGGAGGCUGCCUUCUUUGUGAACAUUUGCCACGUGCAGUUGCAUCGCCGUGCGCGUGCCAUGCGCAUCCUCGCGCGUUGUGCAGACGAAGGACGGCUCGCCCAGUCCAGCAUUGUUCACUACUUUUUGCCGCUGAUUUCGCAUGUGGUGAUUGAAACCACGCGAUCGAGCGAUCACAACAUUGUGACGGAAGCCAUCCGAACUGUGGCCAUGCUCGCUCGCCAGCUCAGCUGGAGUCACUACUACAAGGCCUUCCAGUCGGCCCUGCGCACCCUCAAGAAGAACUCGGAGCUGCAGACGACCAUUGUUCGCCUGCUUGUGGCCAUUAUCGAGUCCUUCCACUUUGAUCUGCAACCCUCUGAAGCCGAUAUUCUGCUGAGUGCGCAAGAAGAGGUGAUUGAACAAGGCGGCGAGGAAGCAGACGCCAAGGACAAGUCUGCUGAGAAUGUUGUAGAAGCCGAGGACGAUGAAGAUGACGACGAAGGAGCCGACGAGGAAGGCCAGGACGAACCCGCGGCAAUGGCAACUGCCGACUCGCUCGAGGCCCGCAUUGCUGCUGCCGACAAGAUGAAGCAGGCUGUGCUUUCGCGCUUGUUGCCUUCGCUUCACAACGUGCUUGUGACCAAGAAGGGUGACACGGAGCACGUGCGCUCGCCCGUUGCCAUUGCGAUUGUCUCGCUGCUCAUGCGCUUGCCUCGCGCUCUUCUCGACGCUCGUAUUUCGGGCGUGAUUGCGCGUGUCUGCAAUCUGCUCAAGUCGCACAACCAGCAGGCCCGUGAUGAAGCCCGCGCUACUUUGGGAGAAAUGCUGCAGACUGUUGGUGCAGAGUUCCUCCCCGUCUUUCUGCGCAACCUGCAAAAUGCCUUGGCUCGUGGCUAUCAGCUGCACAUCCUCGGCUUUACCUUGCAUGCCGUCCUGUCGCGUGUGCUGGCGUUGCACACUGCCAACCCCGUGCCGGCCUCGCAGGAGGCGGUGGACAGCUGUGCUCCCGACAUUGUUCGCAUCAUUCUCGACGACACAUUCGGCGAGGUUGGCAAGGAGAAGGAGGUUCAAGGCAUCACUGCCAAGUCCAAGGAAGCCCGCUCGCGUCGCGGUGGCGAAUGCAUGGAGCUUCUCUGCCGCCUCAUCUCGUUCAAAUUCUUCCCGUCGGUCGUCUUGUCCCCAAUGUCCUCGCUGUUGGAGGCCAUCAACUCUGUGUCGGACAAGAGUCGUAUUGAGGAGCUGCUGCGCCGUGCCGCGUCCGGUCUGACCGUCAAUCCCUCCGUCCAAAUUCCGAUGCUGCUCAUUUGCGUGUACUCGCUGCUUGAGCGAAGUGUAGAGCAGCUGCGAGCAGCGUCGAGCAAGAAGAAGGCGGGCAACAACAGCCCCGCGGCGAUCGAAGCUCGCAACGCCAGCAAAGCCACUGCCGAGAGCUUUGAACGACCCAUGCUGAUCAACAGCUCCACCGCCAGCGGCCCGAUGCCCACGGCUGGAUUUGACGACGAUGACGACGCAAGCCGCAAGCCUGGCAACCGUCGCACCAACGAGAGUGUUGGUCUGGCCGAGCAGCCCUUCUCGAGCCUAUCCCGUCUCGACAUUGCCUUCAUGGUGCUGCCGGCUGUUCGUCGCGACCGUGCCCCGUCCGCCGAGACCAUCGCAAACGCGCACGUGUUGGUGGAGUUUGGCUUGGUUUUGCUUCGCGCCUUCUUCAAGCGCGACCUUGUUGCCCGUCGCCGGCCCAACCUCGGUUCCGCCAAGCCCAGCAACAAGAAGGCAGCUCGUGCAAUUCCGGCGGCACCCGCAGACGCGGCUGAGCCCAUGGAAGUGGACGAAAGCACGGAUUCGUCGGCCAACAAGGAAGCCGCGGUCGACGAGGCACCUGCGGUCGACGACCAGGACGCCUUGUACGUCGAGACGCUCCAGAUGCUCGACCCGCUCGUGCGCAUUCUGUGCGACUGCUUGGUCUCGCGGCAUAGCCGUGUCUUGAGCCUCAGUCUCAAAUGCUUGUCCUUCAUGUACUCGUUGCCAUUGCCAACGAUGAGUGCCAUGCUGCACGUCGUGGUGGAGCGCGUUCUUCGCUGCAUCUCUCGUGCCGGCCAAGGCUCGCAGGCGAGCGAACUCGUGCAGUCGUGCAUGCGCGCGGUUAUUGCGCUGAUUCUGCGCAAGCCCGCCCCCGGCUCGCGCAGCACGGAAUCGCUCUUGCAAGAGAAGCAGCUCACUGCGCUCCUUGCCCUGGCCAAGGAGGGCAUUGAGGCCGGUGACCAUGACCGCCAGACCACAACGUUCGCAUUGAUUCGCGCGAUUGUGACGAAAAAGCUCGUGUCGACGCAGCUGGUUGAUGUGAUUGAACAUGUCGCCGAUGUGUCUGUGCGCAGCCAGUUUGUGCACGUCCGUCAAGCGUGCAGCCACCUCCUGGUUGCAUUCAUUCUCGAUCAUCCCACUGGCCAGCGCGUCAAGGUGCGCACGCAGUUUAUUCAGUUCCUCGUGAACAACCUUGGCUACGAGUACCAAACCGGUCGAGAGAGUGUGAUUGAAACCAUCCACACCUUCUUGCUGAAAGCCCCGGCGGCCCUGAUUCCGGAAGUCUGCGAGUACCUCUUCCUUGCCUUGGCACCGCGUCUUGUGAACGACGAAGCUGCCAUUUGCCGCGAAAUGUGCAUGACGGUUGUCCGCACCCUGGUUGCCCGCUGCGCUCAGACUGCGCCCGACAAGGAGGAGGCACUGUUCAACCUGACAAUGCAGUGGCUCGGCAGCACCAAGGAGUCGAUGCGUCGCAUGUCUGCCCAGAUGGCUGGUGCCUUUGUGAGCGGAACGCAGCCAGACGCUCGCGUGCAGCUGGUCAUUGCUCGGCUCGUCGAGUGUGUGUCGUUGGCCGAUUGGCAACGGCAGCAACGCGAACGCCGCCUCGCCGCUCGCCGCUCGAACGACGAUGACGACAACGAUGCCGCCGAAGCCGAGCAAGCGGACGACGAACACCAGGUCGAGGCGGCCGAGGCUCAAUGGCAGCUUGUGUACAUGGCGCUUUCCACGCUGAGCAAGCUCAUUCAAGCAAUGCCCCGCAUUGCAGAAUGGCGCGAAUCAACUCCUCUGUGGGAGGUGAUGCCAGCCCGGCUACUGCACUCGCAUAGCUGGGUUCGAUUGGCUGCUGCGCGCCUGUGGGGUUUGGCAUGCUCCAAGUUGGAUGUGCCUGCUGUGGUCGCACUCUGCACGGCGCCAGCUGCUGCUGCUCCCGAACCCGAGCCGCUCACUCAACGUCGUGGGAAACGUGCUCAGACUCCUGCUGCUGCUGCUGCGGCUCCUGUGAACAAAUUGGCCAACCAUGCGCUGGCCGUCUACCUCACAGGGCAUGGCAAUGCUGUGCGCAUUGCUCACUCGUUGUGCCGUCAGAUGGCGUCGCGCAUUUUGGACAAUGCGCUUGCCGAGCAAAUUGUCAAAAAUCUGUUCUUUGUCUCCAAGCUGCUGCUCUUGUGCCCGCCCCUGAACGUCACCUUGGACGCGCGCGAGCGAACCCGUGACCAGCGCUUCCACGCGCGUCAGCUCGCUUCCGAACGGGCAGACCAAGCCGACGCGACUGCAGACGCCAAUCGUGCGGCUCAGGCGUCGUCCGAGGCCGUACUUGGCGACGCUCCCGACCCAGAUGCAGCCACGGCCGUUGACAGCGACUAUGAGGAGACUGCUGACAUCCAAGAAACAAUCCAGGAUCGCGACGGUCAGACAAUUUCCGUGGAGGAUGCCCGUGAAAAGUACUGCGGUCUCACAUGGAUGUUCCGGAGCCUUGCGUUCACGACUCGAGUCGAGUACACUAAAAACCCUCGGAAUAUCGUUCAGCGCUCGCAUAUUCUCAAGUGGUUUGCGGCGAUGGCGGCAACGCUUGGCCCUCACCUGGUCAUUCCGUUCUUGGACAUUAUGCUUUCUCCAGUCUACCGCAUUGUCACGGAUGACUCUGGCACCAAAAACGAGAGCUUGAUCACUCUGGGAAACGAAGUGGUCGAUUUGCUGCAACAAGUGGUGGGACCCACGCGUUUCCAUCAGACCUACAAUGCCGUGCGCACCCAGGUCCAGAAUGUGCGCUCCGACCGCAAGCGCAACCGCGUCAUCCAGGCAGUUGUUGAUCCUGCUGCUGCCGCGCGUCGCAAGAUCAAGAAGAACCUCGGCAAGCGCGAAGCGCGUCGCAACAAGAUUGCCGCGUUCAAGCCCGACUUGCAGCUGCGCCGCACAAACAAGCGAGUUCGACUGGAUAAUGACCAGGAUUUUGACUAGACGUGUGUCGUUUGAUGUGUGUUUACGUGUGUGUGUGUAUUCUAUUCCUGUCGUUUGAAUGUACAUUAUUGAAGCCCAAAUCCGCUUUCA